AUUUCCUGCCACCCUUUUACUUUUAGACAUUGAAUUUUAUCUGGCGCCACUUGGAUUGCAUCAAACGCAGUAACAAUCCCAAAAUUUUCCAAUUUUCUAAUAAUUUUUUAUUGGGUGUGGAAGGAUUGAAGGAAUGUUAUUGUCUCUGAAAGAACAGGAGAAAAACAAAGACAGAAACAGAGGAAGAGAGAGCUUAAAAGAUUGAAAUUGUUGAUGGAGUAGUUCUUGUUGUCAGUUACCUGUUGUUCUGCAGUGGGUUUGCUUUAAUGGGCAAUGUUACUUCUGGUGUUGCUGCAAGACUCGCAUUUUUUCCUCCAGACCCACCAACCUAUGAUGUUGUGCAGAGAGAGGAUGGGAAGUAUAUUUUCAAUGGAGUCACGAAUGAUAAGAGCAUGGACGUGCAUUUGCUAGAAACAAAAGGAGGGAACAAGAUUGUUGCAACCUUUUGGAGACACCCAGAUGCGAGGCUAACAGUUUUGUAUUCUCAUGGCAACGCUGCUGAUUUGGGUCAGAUGAAGGAGCUAUUUAUUGAGCUUAGAGCACAUCUGCAUGUCAACAUUAUGAGCUAUGAUUAUUCAGGUUAUGGAGCCUCCACUGGUAAGCCGUCCGAGUUCAAUACGUACUAUGACAUAGAGGCAGUGUACAAUUGUUUGAAGAGAGAGUAUGAAAUUAAGCAGGAGGAUGUAAUUCUAUAUGGGCAAUCUGUUGGGAGCGGACCCACUCUACACUUGGCUGCACGUUUACCAAGGCUGAGAGGUGUUGUUCUUCAUAGUGCUAUCCUAUCAGGCAUACGGGUGUUGUACCCUGUCAAGAUGACAUUCUGGUUUGACAUCUUUAAAAAUAUUGACAAAAUACGGAACGUCAACUGCCCAGUUCUUGUUAUACAUGGAACAAGUGAUGACAUUGUUGAUUUCUCCCAUGGAAAGCGCUUGUGGGAACUUUCCAAGGAAAAAUACGAUCCACUAUGGAUUAAAGGUGGAGGCCACUGCAACCUGGAAACAUAUCCCGAGUAUAUCAAACACUUGCGGAAGUUCAUAAAUGCCAUGGAAAAGCUCUCUCUUAUGAAAGAAACAAAACCAGCCCUUCUUCCAAAUCCAUCUAUGACAGAAACAAAACAUAACAAAUGCUUGAGAUUUUCCAAGAGAUAACUGGUUCUUUUUAAUCAAUCCAAAAGCCAAUGCAGGCGAGCAGCUGCCAUAUGUUGCAUGGGGAACCGUCUUCAGGGGGAUUAGUUGAGCUUGCUUUCUUCAUGAACCCAGUAUUUUACAGCCAAGCCUUUUACGCUGUGUCAAGGGAACUGGUAGAAAUGAUACAUAGAUGUUUGCUCCAGAUAAGGUUCAAGCGCCAUGUUUAUGAUCAAUAGGCAAGUUCAUGUUCUAUGCUUACCAUACAAGUUGAGAAAUGUUAUAUCAAGAUGCAAGAUGUUAUUCUCCUGAAUCUGGGUUCAAUGUAUCAUUAGUCACAGUCGAUGCUUUGUAAAGUCUACCAAUUCAAAAGUAAAUAUAUGGAUUACAUUUGUCUUCUUUUGCUUAACUCUUAUUUUCUUUCACCAAAAAAUCAGAAAAAAAAAGACACGAUCCUCUUGCUUUCUU